AUGGCCAUAAUCUGUUUCCUUGUGAGAAAUAUGCUGCUUACAAAUGACAGACUUUGCAUGAUGGUGGAUUUUGCAGGCAUGUGCCUGACCUCCGUAUCUGUCUGGGACAAAAGUGAAAAUGGGGAUUGGCAUUGCACUGCAAGCUGGAAGACGCACAGUGGCUCUGUGUGGCGUGUGACAUGGGCCCAUCCUGAGUUUGGGCAGGUCCUGGCCUCCUGCUCUUUUGAUAGAACAGCAGCUGUGUGGGAAGAAAUAGUGGGAGAAUCCAAUGAUAAACUCCGAGGCCAGAGUCACUGGGUAAAGAGGACCACUCUGGUAGACAGUAGGACAUCUGUUACAGAUGUGAAAUUUGCUCCCAAGCACAUGGGUCUUAUGUUAGCAACUUGCUCAGCAGAUGGAGUUGUAAGGAUUUAUGAAGCCCCAGAUGUGAUGAAUCUCAGUCAGUGGUCACUGCAGCAUGAGAUCUCGUGCAAGCUAAGCUGCAGUUGCAUUUCGUGGAAUCCUUCAAGCUCCAGAGCACAUUCUCCAAUGAUAGCUGUAGGAAGUGAUGACAACAGUCCAAAUAUAUUAGCUAAAGUUCAAAUUUACGAAUACAAUGAAAAUACCAGGAAAUACGCAAAAGCAGAAGCUCUGAUGACAGUCACAGAUCCUGUGCACGAUAUUGCAUUUGCUCCAAAUCUGGGAAGAUCCUUCCACAUCUUAGCUGUAGCAACCAAAGACGUACGAAUUUUCACACUAAAACCUCUAAGGAAAGAAUUGACUUCAUCUGGAGGAUUAACGAAAUUUGAAAUUCAUAUCGUGGCUCAGUUUGACAAUCACAAUUCCCAGGUGUGGCGAGUCAGCUGGAACAUCACGGGCACAGUGCUGGCCUCCUCUGGCGAUGACGGCUGUGUUAGGCUUUGGAAGGCUAAUUACAUGGACAACUGGAAGUGCACUGGUAUACUGAAAGGUAACGGGAGUCCAGUCAAUGGUAGUUCCCAGCAGGGAAUUUUUAACGCCUCUCUAGGUUCAGCCAAUGCAAGCCUACAGAAUUCACUAAAUGGAUCAUCUGCCAGCAGGUAG